UGCACGAGUGAAGAGCAUGAGCGUGUUUCUCCAGAUCUCCGCGCACACGAUCUCUCCAAGAGCAAGAAAUAAAGCGCACGGGAGAUCCGUGUUGAAGCGCAGGGAAUAACACUUCAUAUAUCCGUCUGGACCCAUUGCUUUGUUCUCAGUGUGAAGGUUAAAGGUGUCCGGGAAUGAUGUUCACGCUUGGCUUUGGAUUAUUCUGCGUCUUUCUCAUCGUCUUUGUCCAGCAGCCCGACGGCGCUCGUGCCAACAAAACCCCGCAAGAUGUGGACGAGUGCGCAGAGGCCUUGGACAGUUGCAGUAUUGAUGCCAUCUGUCAGAACACCCCGAGGUCGUACAAAUGCAUCUGCAAAUCAGGAUACAAGGGUGACGGGAAACACUGUGAAGAUAUCGACGAGUGUGCCAGUGAAUAUAAUGGAGGCUGCGUUCACGAAUGCAUCAACAUACCUGGCAACUACAGAUGCACGUGUUAUGAUGGCUUCCGCUUGGCCCACGACGGACACAACUGCUUGGAUGUCGAUGAGUGCGCGGAGGGGAAUGGCGGCUGCCAGCAGAUCUGCGUGAACAUGAUGGGAAGUUACGAAUGCCGGUGCAGAGACGGAUUUCUUCUGUCCGACAACCAGCACACCUGCAUCCAGAGACCUAAAGUGCGUUUUAAUGGAACGAAAGUUGUGCCCACCUGCAUGGAUAAAAAUCACGGCUGUGCUCACAUCUGCCGAGAAACUCCCAAGGGAAGCAUCUUCUGCGAAUGCCGUCCGGGAUUUCAGCUCACCAAAGACAACAACUGUAAAUUGACGUGUAACUAUGGUAACGGAGGCUGUCAGCACAUCUGUGAGGAGAUGGACCACGGGCCCAGAUGUUCGUGCCAUAUGAAGUUUGCUCUACACACCGAUGGGAAGACCUGUGUAGAGGAAAGGAGUAUCCAACCGCAGCCCCUGCAGCCACAGCUGUUACCCAAUGAGACAUGUGCGGUGAAUAACGGCGGCUGUGACAGCACGUGUCAUGAUGCUGUUACUGGAGUCAGAUGCAGCUGCCCUGUGGGCUUCACCCUACAGCCCGACCGCAAGACCUGCAAAGACAUUGAUGAAUGCCGUAUGAACAAUGGGGGAUGCGACCAUGUGUGCAGAAACACAGUGGGCAGCUUCGAGUGCAGCUGCAAGAAAGGAUACAAACUUCUGACCAAUGAGAGGACAUGUCAAGAUAUAGACGAGUGCUCGUUCGACCGGGCGUGCGACCACACCUGCGUGAACUCACCUGGAAGUUUCCAGUGCUACUGUCACAAAGGUUACGUCCUCUAUGGUGUGGCUCAUUGUGGAGAUAUUGAUGAAUGCAGCAUCAAUCGAGGUGGCUGUAAGUUCGGAUGUUCGAACACAUUGGGCAGUUAUGAGUGUACCUGUCCUCCAGGAUACAAACUGCACUGGAAUAAGAAGGAUUGUGUCGAGAUUGUGAAGUGUGCGUCCAGUCUGCUGUCCUCUAAAGCAACGCUCACCUGCAGUAAAACUGGGAAAAAAGAGAGCUGUUCCCUCACCUGUGCAUCUAAAGCACAUUACCUGGCAGAAUCAGAUAACAGUUAUUCUGUAAGUUGUGGGAUGCCCAUCCUGCGAGGUAAAGCUCAGAGUCGGUCAAACACGAGCAAUGUUCAGAGCUGUAUAGAAACUCAGGCUCCUCCGGUGAAACAGACGGCGUCCUUCCGGAUCAAGAACGCCAAAUGUCACCUGCACCCAAAGCACAAGGGGAGAGCCGAGGACAACGGCAGACAGAUCGGGCCAGGCGGACAGCCGUGCAACAACUGCCUGGUCACGUUUGUUAACCUGAAGUGUGACUCUUCCAAGAAAGCCAAAGGUCGGCGGGCACGUAACCCGCCGAGCAAAGAGGUCACGCGAAUCACUCUGGAGCUGGAGGCCGAGGUCAAGCCGGGAGACGCCACGGGGAACUGUAAUGUGAUGUGUCAAAGGCAGCGUAUGGAGCAGCAGAUGAAGUCAUACAUCAAAGCCCUGAAGAAGUCCAUUAACCAGGAGCGAUUCCUCAUCCGGGUGGCUGGAUUAGAGUAUGAAGUGGCACAGAAGCUCCCUCAGCCCGCACCAAAACAGGAAAACUGUGGACCGGGUCGAGAGAAAGACAGUGGUCGCUGUGUCAGAUGUUUGCCCGGCUCGUAUUACCACGGUGAACAGGAGCGCUGUGUUCAGUGCCCACCUGGAACGUUUCAGGAACGUGAAGGUCAGCUGGCGUGUGACCUUUGCCCUGGAGGAGACCGCCACGGUCCAGCAGGUGCUCGCAACAUCACGUCAUGUGCAGGUCAGUGUCCUCCAGGUUAUUUCUCCAGUGAUGGCUUUAAACCGUGCCAGUUGUGUCCUCUGGGCACAUAUCAACCUGACCCGGGACGAACUCUCUGUUUCCCCUGCGGAGGAGGACUCGGCACCAAAAGAGAUGGCGCAAGCUCCUUUAAUGACUGUGAGGUCAAAGUGUUGUGUUCUCCAGGUCAUUAUUAUAACACCUCGGUUCAUCGCUGUAUCCGUUGUCCUCAUGGCACUUACCAGGCCGAGUUCAGACAGAACUACUGCAUCUCCUGUCCUGGAAACACAACCACAGAUUUCGACGGGGCCAUCAGUGUCUCUCAAUGCAAGAAUCGGGAAUGCGGCGGUGAAAUCGGGGAGUUCAUCGGGUACAUCGAGUCACCAAACUAUCCAGGAAACUACCCGGCCAACAUUGAGUGUGUUUGGACCAUAAACCCUCCACAAAAACGCAAGAUUCUCAUCGUGGUGCCAGAAAUCUUCCUCCCAUCUGAGGAUGAGUGUGGAGACGUUUUAGUCAUGAGGAAGAACUGGUCAGCAACCUCCAUCACCACCUACGAGACGUGUCAAACGUACGAGAGACCCAUCGCUUUUACGGCUCGAUCCCGCCGCCUCUGGAUUAACUUCAAAUCAAACGAUGUAAACAGCGCUCGAGGAUUUCAGAUUCCAUAUGUCACAUAUGAUGAGGAUUACGAGCAGCUGGUUGAAGAUAUUGUAAGAGACGGACGACUUUAUGCAUCUGAAAACCAUCAGGAAAUACUCAAGGAUAAAAAACUCAUCAAAACUCUUUUCGAUGUGCUGGCUCAUCCAAACAAUUACUACAAGUAUUCCACCCGAGACUCGACAGAGAUGCUUCCACGAUCCUUCAUACGCCUCAUACACAGCAAAGUCUCUGCCUUCCUGCGUCCAUACAAAUAAUACAAAAGCUCCGCCCACCCCCGCAUCCCUCCAAUCACCUGACUGCGACUCAAUGGGAUCUUACACACACACAAACACACACACACACACAUAACCACGCCUAAUGACAUCACGCUAUGAAGAUUUCAGAUGCUUCGCUUCACCUUAACCUUUCAAUUUCUUUGCUCUUAUCAGUCGAUCUCAGCGGGAAAAACAUCUUAUGUGUAGUUUAACUAUAAUGCGUCUGAAGCGUUCUCGGUCGGUCACACUCCAUGUUUUUGUUUGAUCGUAUGAAUGUUUGAGUGCUCCGUCCUAAAGCGCUCAUUGAAUAAUAUGGUUGGGCCCCAUGUGACUUUAAAACGCACGUCUGGUAUGAUUUCGAUGAGUUAAAGAGUGCGAUGUACAGACAAAGUUGUAGCAUGUCAAAGAAAUGAAAUAUUUGUUGAACUGGAGCAAGCUGUGACCGUGCUUUUAAAAUAUUUAAAAUAGACUUUUCCAGCUCAAAUCUCCAUUAGUAUAAAUGUACAAUUAUUUUGUCUAUCUGUACUUGUAACGUGCUCUUGGUAAGACCUGAUUCAUAUCAAGCAUUUAUAUUUGAGCUCCUAGAGCAGUCAUGUUAAUCUCUAAAGGUCAUGCUGUUAAAACAGUCAUGUUCUGUUAAGGUCUGUCUGUUCAGACACCGGACGACUCCGGGCCGGAUCCGCACCGGAGCUGCCAAUUUCAGCCCGGAUCCGGCCCGGAGUCGUCUGCUGUCAUUGUAUUAUUAUUGAACUGCAUAUUCAUCUAUUUCCUAAUAUUCAAGUUAAUUUAACAAGACAAGAAGAUGUGCGUUAUUGAAAAGGCUCGGGUGAUGAAAAGGUCGCUUGUUAUUUAAAACAGUGAACACUCAGUUCUGCGAGAGACCAGGACAGAAAUGUUUUUUUUUUUGCAGGACAAGAAAUUGCUGCUUCUUCGAAAACGUCACUUUAAACCUUCUGCUUUAUCUAAUAAGAUCCCAGACAUUUAUCCCUGCAGAGAAGAGAGAGAAGAGCAGUUAGGGGCCGAACUCUUUUAGAUGUUCGUAGUGUUUUCAUAAUGCAAACGUGAAUCACUGAUAAAUAUAUGAAAGAUAGGUUAACACGGAUGAACUUGAGUCCUCAGCAGGACUUUCACAUUUGUUUUGCACAUAACUCUCAUCAUCCAGAAGAUCCAAAGAGAAGCAGUGUUUGGUUAACAGGUUUCACCGGACUGCAGUCUGGUUCGCUUGUAAGUGCCUAAAGUACAAAACAGUCAAAACCUGUGGAUGUCAACAUUUAUGAGUGUUUCCUGUAUCUCGGUGUUCUUUAUGAAUGCAUUUAUAAAGUCACAACACUUCACACAGAGAUAAGUUAAAGGUGCAGUGUGUAGAUUUAAGCGCCUCUAGCAGUGAGUUGAUGAAUUGCAACCAAAAUGCAUAGAGAAGCUACGGUAGCCACCACAGGACAAACAUGUUGUCGUCUAAGACAAAAUACAUUAGUGACAGUAGAGCAGUUUGUCUGUUUAGGGCUACUGUAGAGACAUGGUGGCACAAAAUGGCGACUUCCAUGUAAGGGGACCUGCGGCGUAUGUAGAUAAAAAUGCCUCAUUCUAAGGUAAUAAACAUGUACACUGCAAAAAAAUAUUUUUUAAGAAAAAAAAUUCUUAGUAUUUUUGUCUUGUUUUCAGUAAAAAUAUCUAAAAAUUCUUAAAUUGACUCUUUCCCCGCCAGCGUUUUUAAAAAAAGUUGCCAGCCAGCGCCAGCAUUUUUCAUGAUUUUCACAAAAGUUUAAUGCUUUCCAGAAAACGUUCUUUCUAAGUAUAUAAGUAAAUAUAUAAACAAACAAUAUAUCAGAUGAAAGAACAGACCCUCUGCUUUCAAACAAAAAAAACGUUUCAUCCUACCUUCAUUAGUUCUCUUGUUUCUUCAAAAACACCCAAUUUUGAGCAAAAAGCUGAGAUAAUUAAAUUUUUGCGAAGGACUUUUAAUAGAGAUCCCAUUCAGAGCAAUCUUUAAAACACACACAGAGUUCUUUCUCCUUCACGUGAGGCGCUACUUCCGGGUUGUAUAAGUUGCGGAAGUGCGCCACCUGGUGGAUAAUAGCGGUAUUGCGGAAAGACGGAAAAUCUCGUCAUUGGCGGGGAAGUGUUUUCUCUUAAUUGACGAGAUAUCUCGUCAAUGGCUGCGAAAGAUUUAAUAUGCUUUUUCUUGAUGAGCAAAAUUUCAAAAAAAUUUACCAAAUUUAAGUGAUUUUGAAUGGGGUAAGCAAAACAUUUUGGACAUUUUUCUUAAACACUAAAUUCAAGAAAAAUUCAGGAAAAAUUAGCUUGUUUCAUGCAUAAAAUCACUUAAAUUUUAUAUUUUUGGUCUAACAACUAGACUUAUUUUCUUGGCUCAUCGAGAAAAAGCAUCUUAAUAUAAGAAUUUUUAGAUAUUUUUACUGAAAACAAGACAAAAAUACUACGAACAUUUUUUCUUGAAAAUAAUUUUUUUUUGCAGUGAAAUAGUAAGGGUUUAUACACCACUGAUAAUAUAGUUGUGUAUAUUAUAUUGCAUUUCUGACAAAAGAUCCUUCCAAAAUUUACACACUGCACCUUUAACAAACACUGAGGACAAACAAAGCUCUGGAUCGGUCAAUUCAUACCCAGUUAUCAUUUGUAAACAUUCAAGAGGACUUGUCACAAUGGCAGUUUGUCCUUUUUUGUAUAUUGUAUAUAUAUAAUUGACUAAUUGGAGUCUUAGCGAAAAGUUCAAAGUUGUUCUUUGACCUUGGGUGCAUCCCAAUUCAGGGGUUUUGAAGGCAAGACUCAAUAUUUAAAGGCUGCAGCCUCUGAAGUCCACAAAGCGAAGUGAAAUGAGACGGUCCAAAGGGCGUUGUGUCACUUUAUGUUCCCGCUCAUCAUGCUUGUCAGCAGGACACAACAGCUUAGACCUUUCAUACUUUUAAAAAUAAACAAAGCCAGAUACUGAUGCAGCAUAAACUACCCAACAAUAUAUACAAUUUACCAACUUUAGAAACUUACAAAAGUAAAAGCAACAUGCACAAUAUUGCAGCAAUAAUAUUAAUUCACAUCACUUAAACAUAAUUUAUAAUAAUAAAACCAUAACAAGGACCUUUCAUUUGCAAAAUAUAAAAUUUUAUUUAACUACAAUUUUACUGCAAAAAAAUGAUUUUCAAGAAAAAAACAUUUCUUAGUAUGUUGGUCUUGUUUUCAGUAAAAAUAUCUAAAAAUUCUUAGAAAAUAUCUAGAAAAUAAGUCUAG